CCCAGUUCCAAACAAACACUUGGAACCUAUAGUCUUUUACGAAAAUGAUUAUCUCCAGACUGCUGGGCGGUUUUUGUGUGAUUUGUUUUUGCGUGGGCGAUCAAAGAUUAUUGAUAGACCAACUAAGAUGGGAUUUCUUGGAAUUGGAAAACGAGGUUUGGAAUUUUUCGUCCAACGGGUUGUUGUACAAGAGCCAAGAAGCGGCCGAGGCUUAUUUGUCUAAGAAAUUUCAGGAUUUUGACAGGAAAUUAAUGCAGAUGCCCCAAGAUCUCCUAUACGGAUCAAAAGCGAUGAGAAUGAUACCAAAUUUUCUGUUUUUCUACUCAGAAUUAAAAAUGAUCGAAACUUUAUAUCAAAAGUUCAAAGACUACCAGCAACAAGUGAUAGCAGGAAGUACUGAUAGAGUGUCAUUGGAAGAUAUUAUCUAUGAUAUUACGAACAAUAAAAGCGGAGCUGAGAAAACCGUUGAUCGCGCAUAUGAACUUGCUUAUAAGGAUUAUGAUGGAAUUGAGAAAGAACUCGAUCGGAUGCUUCAAGAGAAUUACUGGUGCAAAAACAAACAACAAUCGCCCCAACAGCUUAUUUACAAUUUAUAUAAUUUGUUUGCUUUGGCCGAACUUAAAGCGUACAUUCUGCAACAAUUUAGUCAUUUAGGCAAUCGACUUUGGGAUAAAGGCGAUUUUGUGGAUAAAUCAAUAGCCAGUAGAAAAAAAUACGAAAGUAGAGUCACGGAAAGAAUGAAGAGUCUGAGUACGUCAAUUAGACGGAUGAGGGAAGUUUGGAGGUGUGAUCCUGAAGUUUUUGUUAAAGGAAAAAACUACGACCAAUUCACAAGACUUCUGCAGGGCCACAUCGAAAACGAGGUAGACAUGAGCUCGAAAAGAACGUGUAGACAAACCUGCAGUGCAUAUUCCUUAACAAAAAGUUAUGGGUGUUAUGAUGACCACAGCGAAUUUUGCCGACGAGUGGAAAGAUGCAAUGGAAACAUUAUAGGAUGCUUUUUUGUAGAGUCUCAUGCCAGCAUAUGUGUUUCGCCUGAUCGUAAUAGACGUUACGAUUUUAUACGGUACAACAGUGGCAAAACGUUUGGUAAUGGUAAAGGAAAAUCAUGUUCGAACAGAAGAACCGUAAAUAGCUGGACGAGAUGGUUUGUGAGAUGUCAUUAUUGCAUGUGCUUGUGCGACGAACAAGGGCCUUUAUCGGAUAGAUACAUCAAUUUGAGACCAGUCUUGGCUGAUAUAAAGAAUAAUCGCGUAGUUACUGGGGUUAGACUAAUUAAAAACAACAGAAUAGUGCAUCUACAAAUCCAGGAAGGCAAACUCUUACCUUAUGGAUACAUCAACGAAUCCACUGUGCAUUGGGUGAAUGUCGAUAAUUAUAAAUUGACCGACGCUGGUGUGAGAAACAAAGAAGACUUUUUCACGAUGUCAUAUGGAGAGAGAUCAAUGGCUUUGGACGAUAUUCAAGUUAAGGAGGAGAACCAUAUUGUAACAGGGGUUCGCUUUGAAUUUAUAAAAAAUAAAAUACAUUUUGAAAUUUACGUAAGCCCAUUCGAUUGGCACACAGGAAGAGUUAGUCACAACAAUGGGUAUUAUAUUUACGAAUCGAAUCCUAAUGGAAGAAAAAAAAUAGACAUUGAUAAUCCCGACAUACCAACGAACACCAAAGAACAAUCGUGGAUAAAUCACCUCGGAAUUGAUUCUUAUGUCGAAUUCACCAAUUCGGCUUUCGGCAAAGAUGCCGCUCAGAGCACCGUACCGUUUAUCGAUAUCCAGGAAGUGGUGAAUAAACCCGCAGUGCCUCUAAUGGGCGCAGGAAUCUACUACAAGGGUAAUCGAGGUUAUGGAGGUUUCAUCGCGCCCCGAAUACAGACUUACGACUUCGGAAAGCACGUUUCCAGUAAACUGCCAAACAUGGGCGAUCGUCACGACGUUGCAGAGGAAAAAGACGUGGAACUAAAUUAAUUUAAGUCUAUAAUUUUUAUUGAAAUGUUAAUUUUUCAUAUUGGAAUACUUAGAAAUAGUCUUAAAUAAAAAAAUUAUGGUGUUAGAUUUAAAUUUAACUUAAAACGUUUCAAAAUAUUAUAUUUGGCAGAACAGAAAAAUGCUUUGCCGUCAGAAAAUUUUCAAGAAUAGAUUAGGAUAUAAAGUAUCUAUUUGAAGUCGCUUGAAUAAAUAAAUAUUUUUUCUACGAG